UGUGCACGAAGUUCGAUGUAAACCAGACUUUUGAACGCUUUUUAAAGCAGUACGACGUAUAUCCUCAAUGAGGCUUACUUCUGUUCACUUUGAGAGCAUUUUUUGAGUACAAUUUGAGUUCAAAAAUGUCUAAGUCGUUUUUUUUGACUGUGUGGUUUUUAGUACUUGGUAGCUGUUUUUGGGUGUCUCAUGGACAAAUCUGCAAGUUUGAUAGCUGCUAUAAUUCCAGUGGAAAUGCUAUCCCUUGUGUUCCUUCGCCAGUUUCUAUCUCACUGAAGCGCAAUGUUUCCGUCACCAACACUUGUGGAAACAGCAGAUCAGAAUAUUGUGAACUUUCUGGUCCAUGUCCUACAGAUGAUGGAAAGUACCUGUACUGCGAUGCUAGCAGCAGUGAAGAGAAACAUCCUAAGAGCUACCUUGUUGAUAAUGAAGAACCCCAGAAAUACACAUGGUGGCAGUCACAGAACUGGUUCGAGACCAAUCAACUUGGACUCACUAAUACAAACAAUCCUCUAAAAGUUAAUAUUACUUUGUCGUUUGGAAAAAGUUACCAUAUAUCAGGGCAUGUUCAGGUCACAUUCUACACAGAGCGACCAAAAGCUAUGUUUAUUGAGAAAUCUACUGACGAUGGCCAUACUUGGCAACCCAUGCAGUAUUUUGCUAGUAGAUGUGACAACUCUUACAACAUGGAGGCUUCAAAUUCACCUGAUGCCAGUGAUCCAUUUAAAGUUGAAUGUACUGAAAGAUAUAGCCUUCCGAAUCCACGCAAGUUAGGCAAAGUUGUGUUUGACAGUGGAUCAAGGUAUCAUGUAUGUGACUACCAAACCCCAAAAGUACAGGACUAUCUCCUUGCCACAAAUGUGCGAAUUAGGUUAGAGUACCCUGCUACUGAUGGGUUAGAAAAACUUGGGGGCAACCUAAAGAGAUACUACUAUGCAAUAUCGGAUAUUGAAAUCACAGGGCGCUGCAACUGCAAUGGACAUGCAAGGUUUUGUACUGGUUCUCUAAUGAAUAGGGAGUGUUCCUGUGAGCAUAAUACCAUGGGAAGGGACUGUGAGGUUUGUAAGCCACUGUUUAACAACCGUCCUUGGUCACCUGCGAACAAAACUCAUGGAAAUGAAUGUCAAGAGUGUCAGUGUAAUGGCCGUGGUACAAGCUGUAUCUAUAAUAGUACACUAGGAUAUGGAUUAUGUAAGGGUUGUCGAAACAACACAGAAGGAGACCACUGCGAUAAGUGUGUUGAUAAGUUCUUCAGAGAUCUAGCCAAGCCUUUGAAUGAUGCUGGUGCAUGUGUUGCUUGUGACUGCUUUCCUGAUGGCAUUGUUAAUAAUGGCAGCUGUCUUCAAAAUGCUACAUCUACAGAAAAGAUUGGACAAUGUACAUGUAAACCCAAUGUGUAUGGACGGAAAUGUGAUCAGUGUAAACCAGGACACUGGGGGUUUACUAUCCCUCCUUUGGGAGAAUGCCAAGACUGUAACUGUACCAGCUUUGGCACUAGAGGAGGGAGUAUUGAGUGUAACCAAAUGAAUGGACAGUGUACCUGUAAGGAGACGACACAGGGCCAACACUGUAAUGAAUGUAAAUUUGGUUAUCAUGGAUUCCCUCAAGGAGAAGCUGAGGAGUGCAAGAAGUGUUCUUGUGACUUGGGUGGAGCUUUUCCUGGGUGUGAUAAGCAAACAGGAGCAUGCCAUUGCCGACAGGGAGUGGAAGGCCAAUUAUGCACCAGUGCUGUCAAUGGUACCUUCUACCCUGCACUAGAUUAUCUACUACUUGAAGCAGAAUCAGCCAUGGGAAAUUAUGUUACCCUUACCCCUGCUAAUGGCUUUGGGUCUGCCUACACUGGGCGUGGCUAUGCUCAAUUGUCCUCCGGCCAACAUGUCCAUUUCAAUCUUGUGAACGUCAAAGUAGGCCAUCAGUACUUUGCUAUUGUGCGAUAUACUUUUCCUGGCCAGUGCUCACUAAAUAAUACAGAAUUGGAAUUUAAGGUUCAUGGUCCAGGCUUACAUAACAAUUAUACAGUAAUGUUGGCUGAUCUGAAAAAGGGCUCUGGACAGGCCUGGAGAAUGCCUGGACUUUUACCACUUGUGAAGGGAAUGGAUUAUAAUUUUACUGUGACAUAUCAUUCUAAUGUCACCAGCGACUGUAAAAUCCAGGUAGAUUCUCUUAUUCUUGUUCCUCACAUCAAUGGAACCAGAGUCUUCACCUUGUCCAGCAACCAUGUACAGAGUGCACUAUCAGAUUGCGUCAAUUCUAGGAUUGCUGUGUCCAGAAUGGAUAGUGAACAGGCUAACUGCACCAGUCUUGUGUUCUCAGCAAGCACAGAAAUCUAUAAUGGAACCCUUGAAUGUGACUGUGAUCCCAAAGGAAGCUUUAACCCAUCCCAGUGUUCACCCUAUGGUGGUCAGUGCAGGUGUAAGCCUGGCGUAGGGGGACGCAGAUGUGAUCAGUGUCUGACGGGGUAUUAUUCCUUCACUGAUUCUGGAUGUACAA